CGGUACAUCCGAUACAAUCACAAACGUGCUCUUCUCUCUUCUUAUUAUCAAUGCGCAAGAAUUGUAAAAAACAGAAAAAGAAAACAAAGACGCACGAUGAGCGAUCUUGAGGACAUGGACAGCGAGCGAUUGAAUGAGCUGGAGUCCAUUCUCUACGCAUCCAUCCAUUACAGCGAUCAUGGAUCUGGCGAAACUGGUGCUUGUGAAAUCUCACCUUCUGUGGCCGAUCAGCAGCGAGCCGUCGAUGCCCAAUACAUGCCACCCCCGCCACAACAGCAGCAGAAACAGCCUCAGGCCCAGCGCAUUGUCAGCGACAAACGUGUAAUCAACAAUGCAGUCGCCAAGCCACGCUACUGGGCGGAGGAAAAGGAGGGUGCAGGCAGCAUAGAAACUCAAAAUGUAUCCACAGUGAACGUCACUUGUAUAUUUCAAGCUACUGAUGUCACCUCGUCAUCAACGCCUAAGGAGGCAGACAAGCCAAGUGGUCAGCAUCCAUCACUACCAAACAAAAAGGAAACAUUAAACUCCCCAAAAACCCCCCAGCAGAAGCAACAAAAUCAGCAAAGGGACAAGGCGAAGGAACGGAAGGAAAAGGAGAAUCCUUCACCAAAGCCACAGCCAAGAGUAGAACAGAGGAAUAACAAGUGGAAGAGCUCUCCAAAGCCACAAUUUAAAGCAGAACAGAAGCCACAAUCAGCACAGAAGCCCCAACCAGCACAGAAACCAAAAAGUCAACCCCUGCCACAACACGCCGAUGAUGAACCCGAGCGCUUUGACCAGAAACUACUAGUUGCCAUACCUUCGCACUGGACGCCCAAAAAGCCAAAGGGAAAACAGCAGGUUAAAGCCGAACCCGGACCCUUCACCAAGGCCAAUCGCAAGCUGGUGCAAAUGGAACGCCUCGCAGCCAAAAAGCAAAAGUCCAAACAGGCGCUGGCCAACAAGAAACAGCGCAAGCCAUCAGAACCCGUGGAAUUUGUGGAUUUGGGCGAAACUUCCAAUGAUGAUGAUGAUGAUGAUGUGAUACUCGUGCCACUGCCACCUGUACCGGUGAUCGAUCUGGACACCAGCGACACGGAGCAGAACAGUCCAGCGGAUCAAUAUCACGAAGAGAAUGCCAUGGACGCUGCCGAUGUGGAAAUGAGUAUCUCCUGCAUUACCCAGCCGGAGGCAGGAGCAGCCCCUUUAACGCCCCCACUGCACUCGCCGUGCAAUUCGGUCUUGUCCAGUGAUGAUUUCAUUGUCCAGAAGGACACGAGUCGCCUGCUGGAGGACAGGGCGCGAGCCACAGACGAGGAUCUCCUGGUGCUGACGGAGAAUGCCAUCAGAGAGGCUGCCGGCCAGCAGGAUGUGGAUAUGGAUCAGCAGGAGCCAGAGGUUGAAGUAGACGUAAACGUAGAUGCACCUGUAGGAGCUGAACAAGCGGCCGAAACCUCCUCCGAGUACGAGUUUGUGCCGCCCUCGCGGCUGGAGGAAAUCAAGUUGAAUUAUCGCGUCGAUGAUCACCAACAGUUCCGGGCCCUGGAUGUCUACGAAAGCGAAUCAGAUCUCACCGAGAGCGGCAUCUACUCCAAGGCCAAGGCAAAGGCCACGCCCACUAUCAUACGCAGCGUGGAGUCGCCCUCGGACAGCUCCGAUAUCGAGGAGGUUGUGGAGCCGAACGUGAACAAGAUGAAGCGCCUGCGCAAGCGUCGCUCGUCAAGCACAAACCAAAGCCAGUCCGAGCCCAACAACGACGAUGACGAGGACGACACCGACAGCGAGGAUGGCGUGCAGCCCACAGGAGUGCCGGGCCUUGCCCGUGGCAUGGCAGUGGAGCGUUGCAAGCGCAAGAUUCGCCGCAUCAGCGCUCGCCGUAACUCAGAGGAUAUUCAAAGGGGAGCGGCAUAUCCACGGAUUGCAAAUCUUAAGGCAAUACACGAGUCUAGCUCCAAUUCCGGUUCGGAGGAUGAUCUGCCCAGUGCUCGGGCCAUUGCAGAGCGUCUUCUGCAGCAGGAGCAAGGAAAGGAGAGGGGACAGCGACAACAAGAGGUACAAAAGCUCCGCGAAGCACAAGCCGAUGAUCGGCUGGAAAUUCUUUCAAUUGGCACCAACGCAGACUCCGAAAAUGAGGCAGAGUUCAACAAUGCCAUCUCCGAUCGCCUAUUGGCGAUCUUCGAGCGCAUUGAUGCCGACCCCACAAGCAAGUCCCCUGAAGCGGAAGUUUCCGCUGACAUUGGUCUUUCGGAGGACGAGGAGCCUUUCCAAUAUGCAGCAGACACUACAAUGCCAACGGAGGACUAUCUUCCAGAGGAGGAGGAGCAGAUUGAAGCAGAGCCAUCGAUCAAAGUGGAACACAAUCUCGCAAAGCUGACAGACGAGCCUCCGCUUACGGGAGGGCAACUUGUUGGCUGGAAUGAGGAGAUGUGCUGCUUCUACAACGACAGCUGGCACGGCGAGAACUUCAAUGUCCAGAAAAUCCAAAGAUCCAUGAAUGCGCGCCGGCAGUGGAGAAUCGUUAUCGAGGACCGAUAUCCGGUCGUUCGUCCUCGCUCACGCGCCAAAUGCACCAACUGCGCCGAGAUGGGUCACAUGAGAUCCAAGUGCCCGCGUCCACGCAAGCCGCUCGUCUGUCACAUGUGCGGCCAGGCGGGGCAUGCCGAACCACGCUGCCCCAAUGCCAUCUGUUUGGGUUGCGGCGCCAAACAGGCCACCUAUGUGCAGCAGUGCAACAAGUGCUCAUUCCACAGUCGACUCAUCUGCCAGCUGUGCAGGAUGCGGGGCCAUAGUGUGGACCUUUGCCCGGACAAGUGGCGUCGCUAUCAUUCAACGAUCCGCUCGAAUGUGGCACUGCAGAGCAAUGUCCAGUGGAACUCGAAGCAGUGCAGCUUUUGCGCCGGACGGGGCCAUCUCUUCGAGAACUGCCGCCAGCGCAUUGGCGAUUUUCGCAGCCAAACGUAUGUCUCUCAUAUUGUGUCGCAUCAGAAGAGCUACAAGGAUCGCAACGGAAAUCUAGGCUAUUUGGGGGACCUCCCGGCGUUCUUUGCCGGCAAUACCCCCUUUAGCUUUGUGUGGAGCGAUCCGAACAUCCCCAAGAACAGCUACUAUGCCAGAUUCCUCACUCGGACAAACCUUGUCCAGCCACCGAGCACAAGCCGAAAGGCCACACCCCUUACCCCCCUGGAAGUGAUCCCUUCUAAAGCUUAUACCCACGAUUAUGUGCCGAAUGCCCAGGCAAAGGCUGCUCGUGGGCAAGUCGUAGCCGCAGAGGAAACAGCAGUCAAAAAGAACACGCCUGUAGCAGAUAAGAUAACAGCGCCAGCCCCUGAAUCAGAGCCGGCCCCAGAACCAGAGCAGGCCCCAGAAACAGAGCAGGCCCCAGAAACGGAGCAGGCCCCAGAACCAGAGGAGGCCCCAGAACCAGAGGAGGUCCUAGAACCAGAUAAGGCCCCGGAACCAGAGGUCGCAGAAUCAGAGGAAGCUCCAGAACCGGAGCAGAUUAAUGAAGUCAAGGAGACCAUCCACGAAGAGUCACCAGUCGCGAUACAGCGUGAGGAGAUCUCCACCAGUUUCGAGGUGCAGCCAGAGGAACCUGUCAAACUGAUUGCCAGCACCAGCAGACCAUCUGUGGGCGUCCAUGAGCUAGACUCGGACUCGAAUUACAGCUUCUCCGAGCACUUUGAGAUGCCCACGUCGACGACAAGCGAGGAGACGAACAUACCAAUAGAGGAAACUCGCAAGAAUAGCCGUCCCAUGGGUCCCAUGCCCGAUGUUAUACCCUUGUCCAGCGGGAAUGACGAUGAUUUCCACAUCUCCUCCAACAGCCAAGGCAUCUCGAUGUGCGUCAACAGCAGGCAGAUGGAGAGGAUGGAUGACGGUGCGGACGCUGAGAUGCCUGAUGUAUCCUGCGAGGGAAAGAUCAUCAUGGCCCGCGACCUGUCCGAGUACUUGUUCAGUCCGGAGGGAUGGAAGUUUCUUGUCGAGACGUCUAAGCAAUGCCAAGUGACUGUGCGCAUGGACUUGAAGGAUUAUGGCUAUGUCCUGGUGAUCUACGGACGGCCGAUGCAUCAGGAAGAGCUGCAACUAAAACUGCUGCAGCGUCAUCAGGAUGUCAAGCGCAAGAGUGCCGAGUUCCAGAGCCAAAAGCCACCGAAACGCGUUGAUGUCCUAAUCCGCUUCCUAAGGGACGGCAUUAACAGCCUCAACAGUAAACUGGGCAAUGCCAAGGCCCUCUAUAGGACCAUCAAGCAGCGGGAGAGCUUAAACACUAAGAAUGGUUUCAAAAUGGCGGAGAAGAAGCGGCGCCUGCUUAACAUGAUCCUCGUGGGGCAAGCAGGUCUACAGAACGGCGACAUGCACUUGGAUAAACUGCUGGUGCUUUUGCAGAACCUAAUUAGCGAUUUCUCGCCCGAUGACAAUGCCUCGCCGGCGAUGCGCACCGAAAUUGAAGACAACUGGCGCAUGAUUUUCACCGCCUAUCCCCAUCCCAAGUAUGAUGAACUUCUGGAGGACUAUGAAAGCUUAGAUCUGAAGAAUCGCCUGCCUUCGCUGAACAUAGAUCCAGCUCUCUUGGGACUGCCGCCGCUUCAAAUGGGAAGGGGCCAGCCGACGCCUCAGCCAACCAACAAGCGGGACGUAUUCCACACCCCGCCGCCACCAACCUGGCAGCACAUGGCACCGCCACCGCCGCCCAAGCAGAACGCGAAGGAACAGCGUCCAGGCGGAGCAGGACAACCCCAAAGGCAGCAACGCCCAGCCGCAGGACAGCCCCAACAGCAACAGCGUCCUGGAAACGGGCAACCCCAACAGCAACAGCGUUCAGGAAUGGGACAGCCCCAACAGAAACAACGACAAGGAGCAGGAAAACCCCAACAGCAGCAACGUCCAGGAGCAGGACAACAGCAGCAACGUCCAGGAGGGGCAGGACAGCCCCAAAAGCAACAACGUACUGCAGCAGCAGGACAUUCGCAACAGCAGCAACGUCCAGGAGCUGGACAACAACAGCAGCAGCAACGUCCAGGAGCAGGACAACUACCACAGCACCAGCAGCAGCAGCGUCCAGGAGGUGGAACACCACAACAGCAGCAGCGUCCAGGAGCGGGACAACAGCAGCAGCGUCCAGGAGCGGGACAACAGCAGCAGCAGCAACCGAAACGUGGCCAGUCCAUACAGAUGCCCUUCAACAAUCCCCAGCAACGAGCUCGGGCCGAUCUUCACCUCCGCAGCGGCGCCAAUCCAGACCAUCAGUUCGCGCGACUCCUGGGCGAAGUGAAACCGAAUGCGCGUGGCUUGGAUGCCAACAAGCAGUCGGUUUUCUGGUCGCGCGAGUCGAUGCGGUACAUCGACGAUCUGUUCAAGAUAACAUAUCGGCCGGAUAUGCGGGUGCGACUGAAUCGUGUGCUCCAACGAGCCCAGCAUGGCGAACUGUCGCACAACGACUACCGCGCUGUGAUCGAUCUGCACUUGCUACUGUCGAAUCAAUGAGUGCUACUCAAUGGGGGUAUCUCUUAUAAGGGGAAUGGGAAUGACGAUGAUUCAAAUUGUUUAACAAAAUCCACCAAUUUAAAGAAUGGAUAUCUGAAAGAUAUUACCAAGAGCAGAAUAACCGAAUGAAUGAAUAAAUAACUGACUAAUUUCA